AUGGCAGACAUUGAACAAGGCAAGCCAGACAUUCGAACAGUCGAGUACAUGGAAACGGCCGAAACCAAGGUGGAGGCGCACAUAGUGCCAGUAGCUGAGGACGUCCAGGCUCGCAUCCGUCGCAAGUUCGACAAGAAAAUGCUGUCAAUCGUGUGCCUCCUGUAUGUCCUUUCGUAUCUCGACCGAGGCAAUAUCGGAAAUGCGAAGACUGCCGGGAUCCUAAAGGACCUCCAUCUCUCUGACAACGACUGGAUGUGGGUCCUCCAGAUCUUCUACAUCUCCUACGUGCUGUUCGAGUGGACCCAACUGUUUUGGAAGAUACUGCCGGCGCACGUCUAUGUUGCUGCGUUAUGCUUUCUUUGGGGUGCUACAGCCAUAUUGACUGGCGCCUCCCACAACAAAGCUGGUCUCAUGACCGCUCGCGCGUUUUUAGGGUUCUUCGAAGCAGCUUUCGGAGCUGGUGCACCGUACUUUCUAUCGCUCUUCUACCAACGCCGGGAGUUAGGCAAGCGUGUGGCUCUCCUGACAGGCAUGUCGCCAUUAGCGAACUGUUUCGCUUCAUCGCUGGCGUAUGGCAUCCUCCAUAUCAAGGCAUCGAUAGCUCCAUGGCGGCUACUCUUCCUGAUUGAGGGAGCGCCGACUGUAUUAUGCGCAGUCCUUGUCUAUUGCUGUCUUCCCGAUUCCCCAGAUACCGCGCACUUCCUGACAGACGAAGAGAAGCAGCAGGCUCGUCAGCGACUUGCCACUGUUGAUCGGACAGAGAAGUCGAAGGUAAGCUGGACGCAGGUCUUUGCUGGUUUAACAGAUUAUCAGAACUGGGUUCAUGCCACGAUACACUUCUGCUGCAACUACUCAUUCGCUGCUUUGUCGAACUUCUUGCCGACGAUCGUCCGCGAUAUGGGCUACAGUUCGGUCAAUGCACAAGGCUUGACAGCGCCUGCCUACUUUCUCGCCUUCUUGUGCUGUAUGUUCGCUGCCUGGGGCUCUGACAGGUUUGGCAAGCGAGGUUGGUUUGUCGCUGGUUUUGCAACCAUGGGUACCGUGGGCUACCUGAUGUUGGCAGCGAUUCAAGACGAGACCAAGACAGGACCUCGUUAUGCGGCCAUCUACCUCGCGACAUGCGGCAUCUUCCCUGCAUUGGCCAUCAACAUUACCUGGCUGCUCAACAAUCAGGGUGGCGAUUCGAAGAGAGGCGCGGGUCUCGGUAUCCUGGCGACUUUUGGACAGUGCUCGUCUUUCGUCAGCAGCACUCUGUUCCCAUCUCGUGACGGGCCAUUCUACGUUACAGGUUGCGCUGUUGGAUGUGCUUUCAGUGGGUUAGGGGUGGUCUUAGCUCUUGGUCUGCACCAGAAGCUGGAAAUCGAGAACCGCAAGCGCGAUCGCCUGUACGGCGAGGUAGACACGGACGCGCACGUGAAUGUGACUGAUAGCGGAGACAAGAACGUCAAGUUCCGUUAUCUCACUUAG